AUGUCGCGGUUCACAUUUCGUCAGAAACCACGUGAAGAGCAGGCUGAAGUCGACAGCAUGGACAGUCCAUCGAAAGCGGCUAAACUGUUCGGUGUCGAUGCCGAUCAAUUCAUUUCGGCAUUGGUUCGACCGAGAAUCAAAAGUCGGAACUGA